AUGGCCGAGGACAUCCAAGACCGCAGCUGCACUCCUGAGUUCGAGGAGAAGAAAGCUGCAAAGCUUCAAGUCCUUGCGGAGUCUAUCCCGGACGAGCUCUACCUGCCACAAGAGAUCACCGACAACCCCCCAACAGAUGUCUCAGAGCUUCCUCGCACAUGUGGCAUCUUGACUCCCGAGGAACUCGAAAUUACCGAAAACUAUGACGCUGCUGGCCUGGCCGAAGCAAUCGCCGCUCGUGAAUACACCGCCGUGGCGGUUGCAAAGGCCUUCUCCAAGCGAGCCGCUAUCGCACACCAGCUCACCUGCUGCCUGACCGAAUUCUUCAUGGAAAGGGCCAUUAAACAGGCAAAGCAACUCGACGAGUACCUCAUCAGCAAUGGCGAGACCAUUGGACCCCUGCACGGCGUCCCCAUCAGCAUUAAAGAACACAUGCCUAUCGCCGGUACUUAUUCGUCCCAGGGCUAUUUCAGCAGCAUCGUCAAGGACGAGAAAGACAGCCAGAUGGUCAAAAUCCUACGCGCGGCCGGGGCCGUGUUUUAG